AUGGUGAAACGUGAAUAUUUUAUCAAUGAUGUAUGUCUUCCCAGCAAAGAAAAAGAAGUAGAAUAUUUAACAGCAAUAAAAACACAGUGUCCUUAUUCAAAUAAUACAUUUACUUGUGAUGGUAAAGCUAAAAUCAAACGUUAUCUAGUUCAUACUACAAAUCAAUGGAGUGAGUUUAUAGGAUGUGAUAAAUGGAAGCAGAAUGAAAAAGGGAAGGAUCCUAAAUCAGAAGAUGAUAUGGAUUGCAAUAAAUUAUACCCUUCAGGUUACCAUCAAAAGUAUUGUGAUACUAAACAUAAUAUGCUUGAAAUUCUUAAAGCAAAAUCAUUAGAAGUAAUUCAUCAAAUAUUUGAAAAAAUCCAAAUGUGUAAUGAAGAUG